CCACUGACACCCCGCAAAGCAUGGGAUCAGGGCGCUGCCUCCGUCAUCUCCACACUGCCGAGUUUCCAAAAGCAAUUCGAUCUUACAUCCGGAGCUGCGGCCAGCCAGAUUCGAGACAUAGUCUCCUUCGUCUAUCUCGGUCAGGCUGCUGGAUCAGCAUUGUCGUUCUUGAUCAAUGAUCGCAUUGGACGAUUGUGGUCGUACCGUCUAUACCUUAGCAUCUACAUUGUAGCUUCCAUGGUAGCGACGUUCACCCCUGGUUGGGCCGGACUCUACGCGUCUAGGAUAAUCUCGGGCAUCGCCAUUGGCGCACUCAGCGUCAGCGGCCCGGUAACUCUCAGUGAAAUCUCUCCAAGCGAGAUCCGUGGUCUCCUGUCUGCUUGGUUUGUCGUUGCUAUGGGAGCUGGACUGGUCGGUGGCGUCUUCUGUGCAUAUGGUACCUACUUGAAUAUGCCGGUAAUCCGACUCCAGUAUCAGGUGGUCUGGUUUGUCCCUGCCAUCCUCAUGGCUGUGUUGAUCAUUGCUAGCUUCUUCAUCCGUGAAUCCCCGCGAUGGCUGAUUAUGGUGGACCGCUAUGAAGAGGGUGUUAAAGCACUCGUUGCACUCCGAGGUCUUCCUCUUGAGCACCCUCGGGUACAGGAAGAGCUGAAUGGUAUGAAGGAGGAUCUUGCACGCUCGAGAGGACGCUCUCUCCGUGUCUCGAUUCUGAAGGAAACUUUCACAGUCGCGUCGAAUCUACGUCGCUUACAGCAGACUCUCAUCUCAUUUGCUUUCGCUCAGCUCUCUGGAGCCAACUCAGUAACAUCCUACUUUGUUCCCAUUAUGGGCAUCGUGGGCUUAGGUGGUGAUGAGACACGCAGCAUCUUUCUAAGCGGAAUGUAUGGUGUAUCUAAGCUCGGAUUUACAUUGCUGGCCUCGUUUUUCUUCGUUGACCUCCUUGGCAGGCGAAAAUCCCUCUUUGUCGGGAUUAUUGCGCAGCUAUUGUCUCAUAUUUAUAUCGGAGUAUUCAUGAAAGUUCAUCAGGACGGAAGUGCCAACGAACAUGCUUCCCAGGCCGCGACUGCAGCUCUUUUCAUCCAUGCCUUCGGCUAUGCUGUUGGGUUGAUGAUCCUAUCCUACAUAUUCGGCAGUGAGCUCUGGCCCAACAGGAUCCGUUCGUUCGGCGCUUGCCUGAGUCAGACCUUCCACUGGCUACUCAUCUAUGGCGUGAAGUUCAGCAUUCCCUCGCUCCUCAAAGCAACCAACAGCUGGGGUGCCUUUAUCUUCUUCGCCGGUUGGUGUGCACUCGCGCUGGGUUAUGUCUACGUCAUGGUACCAGAGACAUCAAAUAUGAGUGUCGAGCAGAUUAAUGAAGUGUUUGAGGGGCCUUGGUUCAACGCGUAUAAACGCGCCAAGUACAUUACUGGCAAGCCUAGCCCCGAUGCCGAAGCGAACUUUCAAACCUCCCUUGAUGGUAAGGAUCCAUUGGAAGAAGAAGUGCAUGAACGGGAGUCUAUCAACGCAAGGCCGAAGCCCAAGGAGUCAGAUGAUUGA